CCGGGCCGGCAGCCUGCCUGCAGCUGGGCGGCGGACGCCGCCGGCCUCCGGCUGGACAUGCGUUGGCGCGACCGCGUCAACCGCCACCUGGGCCAGCUGCUGUGGGACGCGGCCCGGCCCGGACUCACACCCGACAUGCUCGUGCUGGCCAUCGGCCUGAGGGACGCUGUGCGGGACCAGUCGUUCCGGACGGCGCCGCAGCGGCUGGCGGCCCGGCUGCGGCAGCACGUGGUGCCGCCGCUGCUCCGGCUGGCCGCCACGGAGAGUACAGUCGUCCUGCUACUCGACUACCCGGCCAACCGGCUGCGGGCCCGCGCCAAGUACGACCUGGGCGCCGGCGCGGCCGUGCUGGCGCACAAUGCGCUCCUGACGCAGCUGCUCUCGCCGAUCCCAAACCUGCACAUCUGGACGUCUCACAUGCCGCACGUCAUUAAGUUUUACACAGACACCUGCCGGCGGAGCAACGAACUCGAAGAUCCAGGCACGGUGCAUAGGUGCUUCAACGACACCUUUCACCCAGGACCCAAGGUAGUGGAUCAGCUCCUGGACCAGCUGUUGAGCGUUGUAUGCUGACGUCACACGGCUGUAGCAGGCUGCCGGGCUGUCACCGCAUUCACGUUAGAGGCCAUGAGCGAGUCCUAUGUAGACGUUUAUUUCUAGGUCGUGAAUACACAAUAAAAUAAUUA